GCGAUCCUAAUUUUCAGAUAUUAGAGGCAAGAGCCAAAGAUUUGACUAACUGUGAAGAAUACCAGCAACAGACAUCACGGCGAAUCAAGCGAAAUACAAAGUAGGUACGACCAUUUCAGCGGCUCUACUACACUCGACGACUAUGUUGAAAAUCAAACACCUGGACAACGUUUCGAAUUUGAGGUGUUUGUUGUCAUAAUUGAUAACGUACUGUCUGCUAUAACUAAACGUAUGAAAGCAUAUCAUAAAAUUACUAGUGUUUUUGAAGUAUUUCGACUGAUAAAAUCUCAACGCAACAGAAGAGAUUUUGAAAAAAUCGUCAAAGAUGUUCAGUGCUUACGAAGAUGAUUUGGAGAACGGCAAAUUAGUGCAGUUUCCAGAGCUGCUGAAAACAGAUGUGGC